UCUCUCGAACUUGAAACACUGAAUUUUGUUAUUUCUCAUUAUUCCACUUUUGCAUUGUUAAGUUACACUUUAUGAUCGCUAUUUUGGAGACAAUAUCAACAAAUAUGAUUCCAAAACUUGAGGAUGAUAUUCCAAAACUGCAAAAACUUUUGUUGGAUGAGGAGAGAGUGUUGGAGGAUAUUGUUGAGAAUUCAAAAGUUGAGACUGAAGGAUAUCGCUCUGAGCUUGUGAAGGUUCGCUCUGCAUUAGAACCGUGGGAACAACAGCUAAUUGAUCACAAGGGUAAACUUGAAGUUGCAUGUACAGAAAGCAAGCUUUUGAGUGAGAAGCAUGAAGCUAGUCGUGCAGCUUUUGAAGAUGCACACAGGCAGAUGGAUAACAUAUUAGGGAGAAUUGAAAAGACAACUGCAAACAUUGCCAAACUUCAAAAUGAUAUAGAAAAGCACAAAUUUGAAGCCUCAGAAGCGCGGAAAGUGGAACAAGAGUGCACCCAAGAACAAGAAGCAUUGAUUCCAAUAGAACAGGCUGCAAGACAGAAGGUUGCAGAACUUAAAUCAGUUGUUGAUUCUGAGAAAAGUCAGGGUUCAGUUAUGAAAGCAAUUUUGCAGGCGAAGGAAUCUAAUAAAAUUCAAGGAAUAUAUGAUCGGAUGGGAGAUUUAGAGGCAAUUGAUGCAAAAUAUGAUGUUGCAAUAUCAACAGCUUGUCCUGGACUUGAUUAUAUUGUGGUGGAGACAACUACUUUAGCUCAAGCUUGUGUUGAGCUGCUCCGAAGGGAGAAUCUUGGGGUUGCAACCUUCAUGAUAUUGGAGAAGCAAGUUGAUCUCUUACCAAAGCUGAAGGAAAAAGUACGAACUCCAGAGGGAGUUUCACGUCUUUUUGAUCUAGUUAGAGUUCAGGAUGAAAGAAUGAAGCUUACAUUCUUUGCUGCAUUGGGCAACACUGUUGUAGCAAAUGAUCUAGAUCAGGCAACAAGAAUUGCAUAUGGUGGCAGCACAGAUUUUCGGCGUGUGGUUACUCUUGAUGGCGCUCUUUUUGAAAAAUCUGGUACCAUGAGUGGUGGUGGAAGCAAGCCACGCGGUGGUAAAACGGGCACAUCUAUUCGAGCCACCAGUGUUUCUACAGAAGCUGUUGUCGAUGCUGAGAAGGAGCUUUCUACUAUCGUCGAUAAAUUAAAUGACAACUGGAGAUGGAAUUGGCCAAAAGUCAGAAAGAGAUUGACAGUUUAAAUUCAGAGCAUGGUUAUCUUGAAAAACAACUUGGUUCACUAGAGGCUGCAUCACGGCCAAGGAAGGACGAGCUUGACAGGCUGGAUGAGCUGAAGAAAACAAUAUCUACAGAGGAAAAGGAGAUAGAGAGACUUAUACAAGGGUCCAAAAAGCUGAGGGAUAAGGUUGGAAUCCCUUAAUGAGAAAAGGUCUGGGGUGGUGCAGAUGGUUAAAUUAGCUGAGAAAGAAAGAGAUAGCUUGGAGGAUGUGAAGAAUGAAGCGGAGGCAUAUAUGCUGAAAGAGUUGUCACUCUUGAAAUGGUAAGAGAAAGCCACAAAAUUAGCUUAUGAGGAUCCUUGUACAAAGAUGGGCGAAAUGCAAGCAAAUGUUUCUAGCUUAGAAGAAAGUUUAAAGGCUGAAAGGGCAAAGAUUCAAGAAAAUCAUAAAACAUUGAAGGAGAUUGAGGUUGUGCACAAAAAGUAUAUCAAGAGACAAGAGGAACUUGGCAAUGAUCUUCUAAAUUGUAAAGAGGAGUUUAAGGAGUUUGAAAGGCAAGAUGUUAAAUAUGGAGAGGAUUUGAAGCACAAGAAGCAAAAGAUCAAGAAACUUGAAGAUAAGCUCAAUAAGGUUGGGAAAAGAUCAGUUUUCUGGUGACUGAAUCUGAGCAUUUGUCUGAUUUUCAUCUCCUGUUACAGGACUCAUCAAAGAUUGAGCACUUAACAAAGGAGUGGGAGGAAUCAACAAAUAUGAUUCCAAAACUUGAGGAUGAUAUUCCAAAACUGCAAAAACUUUUGUUGGAUGAGGAGAGAGUGUUGGAGGAUAUUGUGCUCUCUGAAUUCAAAAUUUUCCUUAAAAAAUUGAAAAAUUAUUUAUUAUGAAAUAAUAAGGAUUAAACUAUAA